AUGUUCCUAAUCAAGACCAUGAUGCCUAACCCACUGGCUGGUUUGAAUCCUAUGGGUGGAGGAGAGGAGGAAGCGGAGGCGGCCCCUGCAGACCCGGCCAAGGCAGCAGGGAUGACACGCGAGGAGUAUGAGGAGUACCAAAAACAGUUGGUGGAGGAGAAGAUGGAGAGAGAUGCUGACUUCUUACACAAGAAAGCUGAGAGGGCAACUCUGCGGGUGUGCCUACGAGACAAGUACAGACUCCCAAAGAGCGAGCAGGACGAUAACAUGCUGGCCAUGGCUGGAGACGAUGUGGACGUACCCGAGGAGCUCCUCAAGAUGGUGGACGAGGAUGCCACGGAGGAGGAGGACAAGGACUCCAUCUUGGGUGGCAUUCAGAACCUCCAGAACAUGGACAUGGACCAGCUCAAGGAGAAGGCCUCGGCCACCGUGACGGAGAUGAAAGCCAAGGCAGAGGAGAAAUGCUCUGUCAUGUAA